AUGUCUGUUGAUACUGACCCUACAACUAUCUCAUCCAUCGGGUCCGAGAAACCACCUGUGGUCAGAUUUCAAACGGCCCAACUUCUUGCCCAAACCAUAGACGCAACAGAAGGAGACGUGCUCUACGUGCAAGAUGUGUCUCCACAAGUCUAUGAUAUUCUUGACAAGUACCGAGAAUCGAAGCAUCGGAAAUAUCGAUUUAAGCGAUUCUAUCCAGAACAGUCCCUGCUCAUUAUUACAAUUCCGACUGAGCAUCAUGAAUAUAUGCAUAGAGAGCUUGACUUUGAGAUCAGGUGGAUAAUCCGUGAGAUGGGGCUUAACUGGCUUGGCGGGGGGGGUGCAACAUAUAAGCAGCGACAUGGUGGAACCUCAUCUGGGGAGGGUGACUCAACUGGACGCCCAUUUGAGCCAGAGGAUCGAGACUGGCCGACGCUUGUUAUUGAAGCCGGCUACUCGCAGUCACUUGAAGCCUUAAGGCGAGAGAUGAAGUGGUGGUUCAGCGAAUCGAACCAUCAAGUCAAAAUAGUUCUUCUGGUGAAGAUGCAUCUCCCAUCACGACGAGAAAUAACGAUUGAAAAGUGGCGAGAACGUCUAUCUGGCCGACAUUCUGGUACAAUGACUCUUCGAGCAAUAGGGGGCGACUCUGGUCUAAGACCAUACCUUCAUCAAACCAUCAACAUCGCAAGGGCCCCGGAUGCAAAUCCAACCCUUCCUGAAUCCUAUCGUGUUACUAGAGGUGCACUACGACUAGAAUUUGCUGAUCUGUUUGAUCGCCCGCCACGGGAAGGGGAAGGAGAUAUUAUCAUUUCGGUGGAGGGUUUACGAAGGAUUGCUGCCAUUAUUGGGCGAGCGCGCCCCUAG